AUGGUGGAGACGGCGGAACAUGCCUUCUCCCUCGCGGACUACGCGUCCGGCCAGUUCAAGGCCCUGCUGGAUGGCGGCGACUACACCGACGUCACGCUGCUGGUGUCCGUGGCGGGCGAGGACGGCAAGUUCGUGAUCGACCCGGUGAAGAGCCACAAGCUGGUGCUGGGCGCCUGGAGCCCAGCGCUCAAGCGGCAGAUGGAGCGCGCGGCCAAGGAGGGGCACCCCAACUGGGUGCGGCUGACGGGGCAUGACCCGGUGGCGCUGAAGGCCAUGGUGGAGACGUUCUACACGGGGAAGCUCACACUCACAGUGGCGAACGUGUGGUCCACGAGGAAGGUUGCCACGGAGCUCGAGGUCCAGCCUGUGGUCAAGCAGUGCGAUGAGUACUUGCAUGCGAACAUCUCUGCUGACACGUGCCUUGAGUGGGUGAUGCUGGCCAAGGAGAACGGGGCUGACGACUUUGCAGAUGAGUGCCUGGGGGUCAUGGGGCGGUCCUUCAGCACUAUCAAGGACCAGGAUGCAUUCCUGGCUCUGGACUCCCGGUUGCUGCUCCAACUACUGGAAUCGCACCAGCUGCAGGCAGUCUCGGAAUACUCUGUCCUGAUGGCGGCGCUUAGGUGGGUGCAGGCAGACCCUGACAACAGGCAAGAGCUGUUUCCCGACAUCGCCAAGAGGAUCAGGUUCCACCUGAUGUCAGAAGAGGACAGGAGGGAGUUGCUGAACGGCGACCACAGCUACAAGAACCUGUCGGAUGAGACUCGUGAGAAGUUCAGGAAGGUGGUGCAGAAGAGCCUGCCCAGUGGAAAGAACAGUGUGCAGCCCAUCGACAUACCCAGGGGUGGGGUGAUGAAGAAAGGUGUUAUAGUUGACAUGCCGAUCGACGCGAUCCGCGAGGCUGGGUGGAAAUUGGUGUAUGGUCAGCCGUACAAGAACCACACGAGCGUGCAUGACUUGGAGAGCUUGAAAGGGGACUUCCUCAUGGUGGCGGCAAGCCGCAAGGGAGAGCGCAAGAUUAAGCUGUGCGCGAUGGGCAGGAGAGACAAGAUCCUGACCCGGACAGGGGUGAACGAGGUCACCUUUGAGAAUGGCACGUUUUGGUACUUCUGCCCUGACAGAGCGUUUGGCUUCGCCCCCACAGCAAACAUCGACCUCAAUGUUGCAGACACCGUGGACGAGGAGGGGGAUAAGAGGUUGAGCUGGCACCUGCACGAGAAGAGAGACUCGUCAGGCGAUGCAGGGGGUUUCAGGGCGGGCAUGCUGAAGAAUAUCAACGAUGAAACGCAGUGGGUGAAGCUUGUGUUCUCAUUGGACAGGCAUUGA